AUGUUAUUUGAUCAAUCUGUAUCAAUAGGUGUCUAUUCUAUUCUAUUCGUGGUUGCUGCAAUGACCAAGUUACUCGCGGCUUUCGAGGAAUUGAGAAUAUAUAAUGCCUUACUGCUGUCUGCGCUGUUCCUCUGUGUGGGAAUUGCAUUCAGCUUGUACGGCCUAAAAGUGGCGUUUCAGUUUUCUGGCGACUCCGAAAAUCGGUCUUACAAUACUAGGAAGUCAGCAGUGAUCCGAAGAGUGCUGCUGCUAUCAACCAUUACUCCUCUGGCGUUUUGGGCUAGGGGUAUAUAUGAAGGAGCGGUGGGAACUAAGCUGAUUGGUGCGGAGUGGAAAGGGUACUCCAUUCACUUCUGGGACGCAAUCAUGAUUAUUGUGAGUGAGUGGUUCCCUGCGCAACUGGUCCUUGCCUUGUUCUGGCCGCCGCGUCGGGAACACCCCUCUGCGUCGACGGCAGCCAACAGGCUAUAUAACCAAACAGAUGCCAGGAUGCCCCUUCUUGACCCUAACUGCGGUUCAACAGCUACGGGGCCAACGGUAGAAGGUGGAAAAGACGUUCUAUUGAACUUCGUCCCUCAAUCUAUCUAUCCGCUGACCAGCCCGACGGGAGCAAGAUACCCGUAG